UGGCACGAUGCCAAGAAGUCGUGUUGGACAGGCAGUAGCGAGGCAUUGUCGUGGCAGCAUCCUCAUGCUGCAUCUUCCCAGGAGUGGGAAGACGGCUGGUGGAGCCAAAGCCAUAGCACAUGCUCUGAGCCAGCUAGUAUUGACUACAAUGAGUUAUGCCUGUGGCUCCACUCAGCGCCGCGGCACCCUCAUGACGACGCGAAAGUACACGUAUGCGAAGCUUCGAAUACCAAGCAUCAUGGCACUAACCAGGGCUGGGCGAAGGGGCCUCUUACCGGUGAGCUCACACGAGAACGACGACUUUCGCGAGACAGCGACAUUUGGGAAGCAUCAACCACAGACGCGAGCACUGCGCAUUCUUGGUCCCGUGUGAACUCGGACCCAGUCUUAGAAGGACCUUUCGAAAGAGAGCAGGAUCUUCGAUAUAGUCCAAGUUUCGAAGCAACUGCGAUGUCCACGUCAGGUCUAGGUGGACAAGAUUUUUCGGGUUUACCGUACCAUGGUAUGUCUUCCUUGUGGGACACGCCGGAAGCGUUGAUGAACCUGAGUGAGGGCAGUGCUCCUGUCUUGCCUUUUCCAUACGAGCAAUAUCCCUAUUGUGCACAGCCUUUGCUGGGAGUCCCGUAUUCGGAACAAGAAGCUUCCCCUGGUACCGCGCUUGGUUAUAUACCAAGGGCGAUGGAGGAACUGUCAUCACAGACUCAAUCACAAUCGGAGUUAGGAUCUCCGUUGAUGCAGGGAUCUCGGGUAGUGCACGUAAAUUUUGCGGCAGGGGAUCGGCCGCAGCAAGCAGGGCACGCGGCAGGCUCAUUCCAGACCCCACAAUGUUUUAGGCCGAAUGUCGAAUAUGACGAGCGUACCUUUGCACACAUGAGGAGCACAACCGCUAGCACACUUCCAAUCGUUCCGCACGCGGAGCCAGCUACUGUGGGCGACCCCAACACGAAGCAUUCGCCCUUGGCAGGCGUGACUCCGGUGGGCCAUCACUUACUGCAAAAGUUCACAGAGAUUGGCCGUCAGAUGGUGGCCAAGGGUGGGGGUCGCGGCGCCAAUGGAGCAACUACGGAGGUAGAUACGGAGAUACACAAUGCCACUUCACCCGGCGGCCCCACCGGCUUUCCUAGUGAACUCGGAGAAUGUGGAUCAACAAGAGGUAUCGACCCAAGCAGUCAUCAGUUUGGGGACCGGUUUCGGCUACCAAGUAACCACUCACGAUACGGAGAUGAGCCUGACGGCAGCUUGUCGCCGCGACCUUGGCCGCGCAGUGAAGUGGGGCCGUAUCCGUCAAUAGCUGCGCGACGAGAAACUUCGCCACAUCACUUUGUCACUGAGGUAGUCGGGAAUCAUGAUGGAACCGCGAGAAGGAAUCAAAGUGAGCAUGUAGCGCGGAAUAGCAGCGGCGUAGAGAGCGACGAAGACGAAUCGUUGUACUACGCCUGGCGACGCAGUAGGUCGAUCUAGCUAGAGUGUAGUGGGUGCAUUUUACUACUGUCUUUCUUCGCACCAUUGUCUCGUUUUCGUAACCAGUAACUUCAGCGAAUAAGUGGUCAGCAUUGAGUAAUGAUAAAGGUCGUAAUAUAGUUUUCAGGUGCCUAAUUGUAGUAUAGAUUUGUUUCAGCGUUUUUUUGAUAAACAUGGAUGUUCGUUUCAUGGGGCAAAAGUUACUCGUUGUUCCUUUCUACUUGCGUAUCAAAAUUAAUAUCAACUCGACUCAUAAGAGUUGAGAGAAAAGUUUGUUGUUCAAAAGACGGCUAUGCUUUUUUGAUUUCGUUUCGCUUUGCCAGUCCUUUGAUGCAUACAACUUUUACAUUGUCCGAGAUGUAAUGACUGAAGAGGUGGUUGCAGCGUCGUUCUUGCAACGAACAUGCAACGUUUUUCCCGCCAGGAGAGGAUUGCUUUGCCAUGAACGUACAGCUUUUACGACGUUACGGGUUUCAAUAUCAUUGAUGACAGCAUCAUCUGCGGAGUCUCAUGUUUGAAAAAUACUGUGCAGGAAAUCAUGCUGGAAUGACAUCAAUCCCGUACCUAAACGUAAGCUUAUGCAACUAAUGUAUCUAACAUUUGCGCAUCAUAUAUUACUUUUUUUGAAAGCUGUUGAGUUGAAUCAACUACUGGUGCAUAUACUUAUUCUCGUGUGUAACUCAUGCCGAUAGUCUUUAGGUCGUCCUCAGGACGCAAUUACCUUGGAGGAAUUUUGAAGACCAUUACCUCGUCUGUCAAGGGGCUAAAUCAACGUUGACCGCCUCGCCAGAAGACUACUUAACUACAUAUAACAGUAAUACUGGAAACAGCACGACGGCGAUGGUCUACCAUGCAAACUUUCGGAAUUUUCCACUGUGUAGUAAAGCGCAUGCUGUAGGCGAAUGAGUUGAAUGACGAGCGAACCGGAAGACGCAUAGGGUUUCAAAUCUCAGACAUGAGAUCCCAAAUAAAUUUUUUCUAC